AUGGUUAUCAAGAAGAAAAUUUCACUGAAGAUUAUCGUUAUUGGAGAUAGUGGUGUUGGAAAAACAUCUUUGAUAUCUCAGUAUAUAGACAAAAAGUUUAGCAAUCAAUAUAAAGCCACAAUUGGUGCAGACUUUUUUACAAAACAAGAGGUUUUCGAUGAUCGUCUCGUAACGAUGCAGAUUUGGGAUACUGCUGGACAAGAAAGAUUUCAGUCUCUAGGAGUUGCUUUUUAUCGUGGCGCUGACUGUUGUGUUCUUGUUUAUGAUGUUACUAUGACAAACACUUUCAAGACACUAGAUUCAUGGAGAGAUGAGUUUUUGGUGCAGUCAAGUCCCCGCAAUCCUGAGAAGUUUCCAUUCAUUGUAAUUGGAAAUAAGUGUGACUUGGACAACAGAGCUAUAUCUGAAAAUCGUGCCCGACAGUGGUGUCAGGCUAAUGGAAAUCUUCCAUAUUUUGAAUGCAGUGCCAAAGAAAAUACAAACGUGGAGCUGGCUUUUGAACAUAUUAUAAGAGUGGCUAUUGACGAGGAAUCUGCGACAAAUCUUCACUCCGAUUAUCCUGACAGUAUUCGACUUGGAGCUGAUGAACCAAGCAACCAAGAUAGAUGCAGAUGUUAA